AUGUUGCCGGUCUACGCACUCGGGUCGAAUGGUGCUGGCCAGUUGGGUGUUGGUCACCUGAACGAUCUGGCGAGGGCAGAGAGAUGUUGUUUUAAGUAUAAGCACGGCGGGCUCAGUGGAGAUGGAAGCGACGUUAAUGAAGGGGAUGAGGUGAAGAAGAUUGUCGCUGGUGGGAAUCACACCUUGGUAUUGAUGGAGAGCGGAACGGUAUUUGCAGCGGGAAGGAAUGCUGAUGGGAGGCUUGGGUACUUGCCUGAUCAUCGAAAGCAGGAUGUGAGAGUGGAAUUUGAGGAAGUUGACUUUUCGGCGCUUGAAGGGGUUGGCGGUCGUUCUGGCGGUAGCGAAUCGAGAGUGACAGAUAUCGCGGCGACGUGGGAAGCGUCCUUCUUUGUCUUCCACCAGAGAAUCAUAUUCGCGUGUGGAUCUGGCGCUAAAGGUGAACUCGGUCUUGGGUCUGAUGUGCAUUUGUCUCACAUGCCAAAGAAAGUAUUCGAAGUCGAAGGAGGUGUGCAAAUUGUCGGCAUUGCUGCCUGUGUGGCUCAUGUCGUCGUGAUCACCUCUGAUGGGUCGGUAAUUGGUUGGGGAGCCUGUCGGAAAGGCCAGCUUGGGCAUGGUGUCCGGGAGGAGAAGGUCUUGUGGACACCGAGACUGCUUACUGUUGGCAGAUGGGUCAACCUGGAAAACGUUGUGGUCGGCCGAGAAUACACCGUAUUGAUUCCAUCUGGCACAAAGCCUGUUGUGUGGGGCGACAUCAAAUCCUUCAAAUUGGACGAUUUGAAUGCUUUAGAGCAGGAUGACGUUCUUGUUUCGGGAUGGAGUUCAAUUCACUCAUACAACUCGACACAAACAUUCUCGGUAAGAAGUUUCGGCAGGAACGAUCGGGGCCAACUCGCGUCGAACAAACUCCCUCCUCUCCGUACCCUUGCGGCUGGGAGUGAGCACUGUGUUGGAAUCACCUGGUCUAGAGAGGUGAUUGCUUGGGGGUGGGGAGAGCAUGGUAAUUGUGGCGAGCAACUCGACGAUAAGGGAAACGUUGUCGACCGUUGGAAUCAAAUUCUUCCUCCUCAUUUGAAGGACGGAAUCAUUGUCAAGAAUGUCGCCGCCGGCUGUGCUACGACGUUUUUAAUUUGCGGGCGAAGUGGAUGA